AUGAUACUGACACUCCUGUCUCCGUACCACGUUGUCAUCUCAUUACACUUGAAAAUCUUGCCUUCACCUUAUCUCUUCGCUCAGAGCGUUGGCCCAUCCAUGCAGCCAACUCUCAAUCCGCUUGGUGACAUCCUCUUCACUGAAUAUAUUACCCCACGCCUUUCCCGCUUAAAAGCCGGGGACAUAGUGGUAGCCGCCAAACCAACAGACCCGCAUCUAUCUGUUUUGAAAAGGAUUCGGGGUAUGCCAGGCCAAGUGAUUUGGGUGCAUCCCAUCGGCAAAAACGCCCCGAUCAGGUUCAAAGUUCCGGACGGCCACGUGUGGCUCGAAGGGGACAACCGUAAUCAAUCCACAGAUUCGAGACAUUACGGUCCAGUCCCACUUGCGCUUAUCAAGGGUAGGGCGAGAUUUCGCUUUUGGCCGCCGUCACAGGCGGGCGUUCUGCGAUCCGUCGUUAUCGAUCACACAGUAAAAACAAGGGGCCUUCUCGAAAAGGCACAUGGUGCCAACGUUGGCGUGUGCGAUGACAGGUGA